AUGGAGGGAAAGGAUUCUUUUCUUUUUUUUUUACAAACAAGAUUUUUACCCGAUCGAUAAGAUCGACACGUAAUGUUAUUUGGGGCGGGAUUACGAUUCAGUUUCUCAAAUUCGAUCCUUUCGAGGAGGAUAUUUUCCAAUUCUGGAAGCUGGACGCACGUACAUUAUGCAAUCUUACGUGAAUAAUGCCGGUUUUGCCCGGGGAGGGGGGAGGGGAGGAGGCCGCAAUCGUUGGACGAUUUUUCCUCGGGUCCUCAAAUCCCAAGUUUUACGCGCUCGUUUAUUGCACCCACGUUCGAAUGUUACGUAUGAAUUAUUUAACGCGUUGUCCAUUAAUUAACGGCGUUGCCCGAUAGCCCGGCGUUGACAGCUUGAAAUAAUCCAUGGAUUUUAUGGAAGAGCGGCCGCCACCAGGUUUCAUGGGCGGGGAAAUGGACCGUUCUCGCGAUGAGCGUAGCUUCGGUUUUUCACCUACGAUCUUGCCCCUCCCCUCCCGACACGAUUGGCCGAAUUAAAAAUUAUUAUUAUUGUUAUUAUUAAUAUUUUUAAUUUUAUCGAGAGGCGUGAAUUUUUUAUCGGGGUCGAUUGAUCUUUUUUUUCUUUUUUCUCUUCGAAAUUUGAACGAAUUAAAUUUUUGUUUCCUUUCUUUUUUUUUUUUUUGUCGGUAGGCAGGUUACAUAAAAAUAUAUAGCUACAAUUUGUAAGGAUUUUUGGGUAUUACUUUCGAUCGUACGCGAAAUAUUUAUCGUGUGAAAUAUUUCUCUUUCUUUUUUUUCCUUUUUUUUUUCCAAAUAUUAAUUAACGAGAUAUCGCGCAAAGAUAAUUAAGAAUUGUCCACUCGCUUUAUACGAAAUAUCGCUUUAUCGCUUGCGAUAAUCGUCCACGAAGAAAAUAUUUACGAAUCGACAGAUGAGGCGAUCGCGCUAUACUCGCCAAACGAUGAAUUUUUAAAAACGAUCGAUAGAUCGUUUUUAAAGACUCGAAUUAACUCUCUCGCACCUCUCGGUGAGCGAAUGGAGGGGAUGUGUGCGAGUGGCCUAAGUUGAGGGGAGAGGUGUUGAUUUUGGCGGCGAACGAAACUACGGGACUGUGGCGGGUGUUUGGAUGUGGUGCACGCCGUGGCUUCGUGGUCGAGGGGGAGAGUCGACGUCGCCGAGAAUAUCGAUCCCUUCGGCCACGAUUUUCCUCCACGAUACAUUAUUUUCCAUACCACGAUCUCUCGACCUUCCUGUCUAUCUCGGACGGAUCUCUCAUCUUCAAAAUUUUCUCAUUACCUUUUCUUCCCUUACUCCGUCACUUGAUAAUCGGACUAAGAAUAAUAAUCGGCGUGCGUGUUCGAGCGAAAGACUAGCGUAAAGAAACGAACGCGAAGAGGGAAUAAAUUUAAAAUUUUUGGAGAGACCUUCCGUCACCUUUCGACGAGGUGGUUUCGAACGCGAUGAAUCGAAGAAAGAUGUUGGAGAGGGAGGCGUGUGGGAUCGGAUGGGUGUGGGGGGCGUAAAUGGGCGAGGCUCUUAAUUAAAAUGUUUAACACAGCCGCCGAGGGCGUACGACGUCGAAACGCGAGACUUAAUUAAAUUGGUUAUGACAAUAAAAAUAGAGGCGGGAAGGAAGGAAAGAAUGAAACCGAGUAAGACGGCCGUAGGAGGAGGAGGGGGAGGAGAAACUGGUUGACUGGUGGAAAGGAGAACGAGAGAGUGCCUGCAUUGCCGAAAGAGGUGGAGAAAGAGAAAACGUGGAACCGCGCACCAGAGAGUUUCUCGGAUCUCUCGGAGAAGAGAGAUUGCGUCGUUUCCGUUUCGUCUCCUCUAUAAAAAAUGAAUUUCGAAAAAGAAGAAACAGAUACAUCUAUGAACCGCGUUUAAUUCGACGCAGAGAGAGAAAGAAAGGGAAAAAAGAAACAAGGAGAAGAAAGAUUUCUGCCGAGGAAAGAGAUAAAGAGGAGCAAAGGGAGAGGGAGAAAGGAAGAAGUUAAAUAUAUCGGAUAGAGGGAGCGAUAGAAGUGGUGCCGAAGUGUCAUUCCAGUUUUCCUCGGUCUGGCUUCGCGGCCAGAAAAAGAAGGAAAGGAGAAAGAGAGAGAGAGAGAGAGUGCGGUGGCGCAGGAUUUGCGAGACGUCACUGCGAAAAUACGCGCAAUUGAACUUUUCAACCCCCGUCUCCCUCCUCCCUCCUCCCUCCCCGGGCCCUUGGCUCUCUCCUUUGUCACGCCACCCUUGUUCGCUCCGUCCCGCUCUAUUUGCCACCCCCCGCCGGGUCCAUCAUCCCCGUACACACCGUGGACGGAGCACCGUGAAGGGGUCGCUUCACCCCUGGCUCGUCGCGUCUCGUGAACACGAGACGGGGGAGAUGAUGGCGGAUUUUCCAAGCCUUGGAUUCCUUCUUUCCUUCUUUCCUUCCUUUCUUCCCCUUCCUUCCUCUCUCGAGGAUCGCCUCCCUUCUUCCAACGACUCUUCGAUUCUCGCUAAUCGCUAAGACACUUAACAAUGGUGCGUCCAGGGAAUUAGAGGAAUUUGAGGGAAAAAAAAGGAGAAAAAAGGUGAUCUGUUUGAUCCUUCGUGUAAUGUAAUCAUUGUCACGUGUAGAGAGAGAGAGAGAGAGAGAAAUUUCUUUUGGAGAGAGGGAGGUAAAAAUUGGGCUUAUCGCGGGGCGAGCAUCUCGCCGUUAAUCUCGGUCAAUCUCUCGGCGGGCGAAUCGGCGGUGGAAAGGGAGGAAGGAAUCCCCCGAUGGUCGGAACGUCUGAUCGGUCUCCACGACGAGGGUAACGACGGCCAUUUUAUUUUCCCGUGGCGCUCCUUUCUCUCCCCCCCUCCUCCAUUUCCCUUUUUCCUUUUUCCUUUUUCACGGCCACGCGCAACCCCUCGAAGCGGAGAGGAAAGGUGGUGGGGUAAGGGUAAGGGUGAAAGAUUACGAAGGAAGCCGGGAACGACGGGAUCAAGGCGAGAGAGGCGAUCGUAGGAAUUUCUCCUUGACACAGAUGUCGGAUAAAGGAAUCGUGGCGGCGCGGCGCGGCGGCCGCCAUCGAGCGAAACGGCGUUCGGAUAUCGAUCUUUUUUUAUCGUGGAGGGAAAGAGACAUAUAUAUAUAGAGAGAGAGAGAGAAGGAGAUUGCACUCGCUCCUCUCGUCGAUAAUCUCGUACCGUGCGUUUCCCCUGUUCGUUCUCGGAUCGAGGAUCGAUGCCUGACUUUUUUUUUUUUUGAGAAUUUUGGAAAAGGAAGGAUGGUUCUUUUUUAACAGUCUCUGAAGAAGAAUCGAAUGAAGUUUUCUUUUUUUUUUUUUUUUGGAGAGAAAAUUUAUUGGAUACGGAAGAAAUUAGGAACGAACGAAGCGACUCUUUUUCGAAAAGAGAAUUUUGGUAGGUGGAAUUUUGAGAAGGGAGAAGGAGGAGAAAGGUGAUGAUUCUUUUUAACGGUUUCUGAGGAGGAAUCGUUUCUUUUGAAGUUUUCUUUUUUUGGAAGGGGGAGUUUAUUGGACAAUUGUGGAUUAAUGUGAAGGCAAUUCUUCUUCGAGAAGAGAAUUUUGGAAAGAAAGUGUUACGGGCGAGGAAGAAUUUUGAUUUGAUGAUUUACUUGUGAUUACGAUUUUGGGAAGAUGGAGAAAAGAAAAUGAUGAAAUUAUUGUGAGCAGUGCGAGUAGAAAAAAAAUUUGACUUCGAUCCUCGACGCAGUCGGUAGGACUCGAACCUACGCUCCCAGAGGGAAUCUGAUUUCUAGUCAGACGCCUUAACCACUCGGCCACGACUGCUGCAAAAACACGUCUAUCCAUCCGACAAUUAGUCGACGUGGAACAUUUUCCAGAUAUAUCGUUCGAAUCGAUCGCAAAUCUAACGUUUCUAACGUUGAUCCUAUCCUCGAAAAACGAAAAAUCAAUCCGAAAUUAAAUUCUCCCAAUCUGUCACGAUCCAACAUAAUUUUCCAACUCCAAUUCUCGUAUUAAUAAAAAUCGGUUGCCAGCUUAAACCCUCCGAUUCGAAUUCUUUUCGAUGGAAAAAUCCAAAAUCGAUCCAUUUCCAAACUCCAAUUCCUCCUGACUAAUGAAACAAAAAAUGGAUCCAUCCAAAUUUCCAAACCGUUCUUCGAUCGUUCGGAAGAAGGAAAGAACCCAAGAUCCAAGAAUUCAAAUCUCGAUCAUGGGCGAAAAUCGGUCGCGAACGAUCAUCCUCCAUUAGCCCGAUCGUUGACGAUAACGCGCCAGAUUCUGGCCCGGCACGGUUGCGUCUUAAUUAAAAUUAAUUGUCCCGGCCGCGUACCCUCGUAAAUCAUAAUAACCGGGGGAGGGGGAGGGCAGAAACUUAUGGAUGCGCCGCGACGCUACGAGCGGAUCUUUCGUCUCGAUCGCCGAUCGAUGGUUAACCCCCAGCCUGCUUCGAAUCCGGGACUCCUCUCGGCGGACAGUGAUUGAUCGUGGAAGGAUUCGGUUUUCCUCGGCGAGGCGAGGCCGAUCGAAGGCGAUCCCCGUUUUCCUCUGAUUCCUGAAUCGAUGAUAAACAUUCCGUGUCGAAUUUUUUUCUUUCUUAUUCUUUCGUGGAGAGACACUUUCGUAUUUUGCGAUACGAAUAGGAAAGGAGAAAGGUAGAAUUGGAGACAGGCUUUUCGUUUUUUGAUCGUUUCUCUUUUUUUUUUAGGGAGUAUCAAAAGUGAGAGAGAGUUUGUUGGAAUGAAAUCGAUCUUUUUCGAGUCGUCUGAUUUUUUAAAAGUUAAUAAUCGGAUCGAAGUGAACGAUCUAAUAACAUUUGAUCGAAUAUUCGUUUGAAAUUAGAUUGUUGGAUAAAAUUUAAAAGAUGGAGUUUAUAAAGUAGAUUCUCCGAUGCGAGCAGUUAUUUAAAGUUACUCGUAAUUAUAAUGAAUGUACAGUUAAAAUUCCAGAAGGUUUACUACGAGAAUCUUCCAUUCUUGCGUUGCUUCCUUCUUUCUCUUAAGCAAGGACGAAGCCUUAGCUUACCUCGCCUUGAGAAGGAUCUUGUCGAAUUUUGAAAAGAUUAUGGUAAGACAGGUAAGAAACCGGGAGUGCGGCGCACAAUCAAACGUCACUUCUCAAACGAUCCUUGGAAAAGUAGCGAAUUUACAACUCGUCGCGUCGUUGAGAAUGCCCUUCCCCUUGUAAAAACAUCCACCACUUGCUUCGUCCGCUCGGACGAAACAAAGCGAGCGCGCCGAUGCAACAGUCGCAGGGAGAAACAGAGAAAUCCCUAGAUCGCUUAAACUCCACAAAUUUACUGAUCGUGCAACAAACUAAACAACUGUUCGUUUUCACGAUAAAAAAGGAAUUCCACAGGCUAACGAAACGCUACUACGCUAAGAAGAUGGAAAUACGAGAGAAGGAUUUACCUUUUCAGGAUUACGAUGGAAAAAUGCCUCCCGCGAAUUAUCGACGUUGUUGUUACGCAAUGUAUGCACGGCGUUGAAUCGAAACGCGUUAGCCACUCCCACGAGACCUUUGGCUGGCCAUGCGUCGCGGCGAAGGCAAAUAUUAUUCGAAUUCCGCGUGCACACCCGCCAUUAGGCCAUCGCUCCCCGUUAAUCUCUCGGCCGGCUAACGAAACGCAGGGGGAGGAGGGCCCUGCCCGUUAUUAGCGCCGAAUUUAGAAUUAAGCGUGUGCCACCCCUUUUGUCUCGAGGAGGGGGGGGAGGAGGAGGGGAAGCGUCGUCCGUGGAACAAUGCCGAGGGAGAAUAAUUCUUUCACCGCCGCGACGUCGACUUAAUUCGCAGGACCGCUUUUAAUUUCCAUUUUCCUUCUCUCUCUUCUCGCCCGUCCGCUCUUACUUCUCUUCUUCUUUCUCCACGAUCCAUCGAGUUAAUCGCCGCUCGAUGGAAAACGAUUCGGAACGUAUAUCGAGGUCUAUUAUUUUUCUCUUCUUCUUUUCCUUUCUUUCUUUUUUCCCUCUCUUCAUUGAAGCACGACAUCGUUGCCUCUGUCGUCGAUUUUUGAAAAAUUUUUUUGCGCGUAACGGAGAAAAUUGAAUCUUUCUUGGAUUUGUUAUCUCGUGAGGUAUAAUUUUCCUCGAAGUAAUACCUCGUAAACUCGCGAAUUUUCCCUUCUACUGGGACCUUCAUCCCAAAUGCGAGUAAUAAAGGAUGACCAAGCUUGCUUAUAUAUAUAUAUAUAUAUACAUAUAUUGUUCUCCCAAAUUUACACUGGUAUUCCAAAUCAUUUUCAAGUUCGUUCUCAACGAUAUUGAUCCGAGUAAAUCGUAUACUCGGAUGCAGGGGGAAAAAAGAAGAGGAAGAGAACGGCGGUGAGAUGUACAUUAAAACACGAAUUCUGCUUUCCAUGGAAGGAAUCCUCUCCUCUCCUCUCGGCAGAUACGCCAAAGGUCGUAUCCUUUCUCACGCGACUCCGCCAUCCCUGCCUGGAUCAAACCAGAAAUUACCCCUUUCCUUGGAUCUUCUCUGGAAGAGGAAGAUAUUCAACCCCUACGACGAGAAGAGCGAGCAGGUUAUGCACCGAUGCUCGCUUGACCGUUGUCCACUUUCUCAGCAUCUCUCCCUCCUUCUCCCCCUCCCUCCGUCCCGUGAGAAUCGUAGAAAACUGGUCCAGAAUGGUCGCGCGGGGAGGGAGGACGUCGGUUCGGUGUUUUCGUUGCACCCGUGUGCAAGGAAGGGGGGGACCAACGUGGCCCCGUGGAAAAAUGACGUUCAGUCGUGGCUCGGCUCUCGCCUCCAGCCAACGAAUCGUCUCGAAAUCAUCUCGAAAAUUUUCUUCCUCUUCUUCUUCCUUUUCGCGUCGAUCGCGAUUCGACGCAGCGGCCGUUUCGUCGGAUCCAUUCCAUUCGGAUUGGCGCGCGCGUGCAAGGAGCGUGUGCCGGCUCGGUUGGGAGGGGAGCGGCGGAUAAGAGCGGCGGAGGUCGAGGGAGGCGAGGCGCCGAAAGCGCGCGUAGCACGCCGAUUACCGCUAAUUGCCUCUCUAAUUGACCCACAUUCGCCUCGCCGUCGAGGCGAGGCCGACGUUUUUCGAGUCUCGACGCGCCUGUACCUUCGGAGUGGAGAAGGAGGAGGAGAAGAAGGAGGAGGAGGAGAUAGAGGGAGAGAGUUUAGGAGGAGAGAGAGAGAGAGCUUGUCGAUCUUAUCGAAUUUUAACCACCCGCUUGGAAAUUUGAAAAUCCCUCGAAAAAUAUCGAACCUUUGGAUCUCCCUCCCCCUUCCUCCCUCUUAUUUUUCCCUUCCUACGUAAUUCUUCCCUGGCCCUUCCCCUCCUCUAAUUAUUACCGUUAAUUUAUUAAGCGCGUACGUCGGCUUUAAAAGCGAAAAGCCUUGCUCCGUUUCCUUUAAGCCAAUUCGUUCGACCGAAACACACUUCCCGAGUGAUCCAUCUUAACGUAAUUAACCGGUUAUACGUCGAGCAGUUAGCGGUCGACGUUCUUCAACUCCCUCUCGUCUCUCUCUCUCUCUCUCUCUCUUUUAUUUUUUUUCUUUCUUCCUCUUACCUCCUCCUCUUGCCUCUCGUUUCUCACCUUGUUCCGGGUCAUUGUGCCGGUGGAUAGAGGAGAGAGGAGAUUCCAAGAUUCGGAUGAAGGAGAAUUUUGUUGGCGAGAAGGUGGGACGGUGAUUCGUUUCUCGAUCGGGGGAAAGAGAGAAGUGAAAGUGAAUUUUGAGAUUCUUCGAGUGAUCUUGUGCGCGGGGGAGGAAUUCUUCUAUUAAUUUUUCCCCCGAUCCUCCGUAAUUUUGGAAACAACUGGCGUCCGUUGGAUCGAGAAAACAAGUUGGAUCAAUUACGAUUCUUUCAACCGAAGCUCGGGAACGAAUGUACGCGCAUCGAGAGGGGAGGAGGAGAGCUAGGAAGAGAGGACAGAGAGCAUCUCCGGGGAUAAGAUCGUCCCCCCUCUCCACCGUUCGUUGCGCGGGAACUUUGAUACCGGAAACGAGUCGAGAAGAAGACAUCGAGGGCGCAAUCGUGCGGAUAAACGGGACGGGGCGCUACGUCACGCCGGGCGUUUCAACUUUUACGGAUCUCGCCCCGUGACGGGGUGUGCGCGUCAAGAGGAGGGUUGUAUGGAUUUUUGCGCGCCCCCUUCCCCUGCGUGUGCACGAGAUCAAAUUUUAUCGCCUUCCACGCCGAUCACGCUUAUAAUAUUUAACGUUGCGAUCUUACUCUCCUCCUCCGUUCUUGUCAUCCUCUUUUUCCCUUUUUCCUUUUCCGCGUAGCUGCGAUCGAUCGAUGGAGUAAUUUCGGUGAUUAUCUUUCCACUCCUCCUCUUUUUAAGCCGAGCAAUCGAUUCUUUUUACGAAGCAAAGUUAUCAUUGUUGAUUGUUACGUUUGAACAUAGAAGGAAUCGAUCGGAAGGGAGGAAUUUCCAAAUCUCUCAUUUCUCGGGGAUCUGAUCUCUAUCUUGUAAUUUAUUUCCCUUUGUUGAUUCGAUUGUUUCUUUGAAAGAAAGAGAAAAAAAAAAAAGAAAGAAAUAGUCCCUUCCUCUCUCUCCCUCCCUCCCUCCCGUCUUUCAAAAUCCGCCCGAGAAACCAUCAUUCCCUUCUCGAAACUCGUUAUUACGCAACCCCGAGAACGUCAAAGCAAAUUGGCUGUGACGUCGGUGUCGAAACAUAUUCCGAAAAAAUUGUGACGUGGGUGAUAUUACCUUGAUAUUUUUUCGAAAAAAUUAGAGAAAAAUAUUCCGUUGAAAAAAAAGCGUGUCUCUCUCUCCCCCAUCUUUUUUCGUCCUCGGGGGAGGGGGAAAAAAUAGCUCGAACGUCUUUAAAUUUCUAAAAAAAGAAAAAAAAAAAAAGAAUAUCAAGGAGACAGGAUAAUUCGAUACAUUUUGGACGUAAAGGUACGUUUGGAAAAUUACAUUACGAAAAUAUUCGCCCGUUUCAAAUUUCGUUCGCUCGCUAAAAGCUGCAGCUACUCUCUGCACCCAGGUUGCCGCACUGAUGAAAAUUUCUUUCCAACUUUAUAAUAAAAGCCACUUGCGCUCUUUGUCAAAUUGUUCUUUCAAAAAAAAAAAAAGAUCUCCAAGAUCGAUUUUAAAAUUGGUUUUCGGAAAAAGGAUCCGAGAUAGAUUGUUUCCUUUCCUUUUAUAAAUCCGAUCAGAAUUCCGGCUACGCGCGAAAAUUCAUCAAAUUUCCCUCGAAAUCGAACGCCUACCCUCCUCUCCUCGUUUCAUUAUUAUUAGUAAGAUGUUCCAGAGUAACCUUUCCCACGUGACCAACUUUAGAAUUCCAGGUACGUUCGUACCCAUGAGCCCGGGAAAGAAAGAAGAAUAGUGUGGGAGACUCGACGGAAGGACCGACUCCACCCUCAAAACUCAUUAAAAGUGUCGCUUUUGCCCCAAACCGUCGAACGUCUUUAUUUCAGCGAGGCGAGCCAUUAUUCUUCUGGAGGAGUUGCGGAGAUCAGCGGGCGAGAGGAUUUUGCGACUUGGAAACAUUUCUGAGGAGGGAGGGAGCGACGUCUGUUUAAGUGGGGCCGAGGCAACUCGUACGCGAGCGGCCGGGUCCCGAUUUUCCGGACGCGGCAUCAUCCCGACACGAGAACGACUGGACCGUCGCCACUGGACAUCGUGGACGUCGAUAUACAACAGCCCAGUCCGACAAGCACACACAACCGACAACCCUCGCUCGGUGUGGUAUCGGUCGUCUCGUGUAUUUCGUCCCAUCUGUGCGCGCGCGGCCGCGUGUACGUGUCUGCGUGUCCGUCUGUCGGCGCGUGUACCCGCGUACGAACGAUAAUGCUGGCGGCUGACGGUUUCGGUGAUCGACGACGACGCGGCCGGUGAACUAGUGACAGUGUGAAAUCGAUCGUCAGCAGGGAAACCGGCUAGCGGUCGGCACUAAAUAUACCCGAGGAAUAAUGGCCAGCGCGACAAUGGGACUCCGUCGCAGAGUGCCAGUGAACAAUUCCCCGACCCCGUCGGGACAAUCCGCGUCGGCCACUGGCUCGUCCAGCAAACGUUCAAGGUCCGAGAACAACAACAGCCCGUCCCACGGUAAUCUGAACUCGAUGAACGCGAGUGCACGAGACGAGCCACCUACCAAGAAGUCACGUGGUACAUCGACGAACGCGACUAAAGCGACAUCUUCGUCCUCUUCGAACGCGUCCUCGUCGUCACCCGAGACGAGUCCCUCGUCGAAAAGUCGCGGUGGUUCUGUGUCGAGAUCCGGAAACGCGCAAACGAAAACGUCCACGACGUCGGUAUCCACGACGUCGGAUGCUGUGUCCAAUAACAGUGUGCUGUCCAGCAGUUGGCAAACCACGAACAUGUCCGAUGUGUCUACGUACGCUUCCGUGGCUGGAUUGAGCAUGGCCUCGAGUCCAACCGCCGGUCUAUGCGCUGGUAGUCUCAGCAUGCCUACCCCGAUACCCUAUAUGUCUUCGUCUAUGGCCACGUUCGUGGGAAACGCGACGAACCUGGGCAAGAGCUCAUCCGUUUCGUAUCUGGACAUUUCGAAUAUGACCGGUGGUUCGUUGAGCUCGGCCGCUUCCGGAUUGAACAAUGCCUACGUCGGGAAUGGAAACGGUGGUAACGCGAUGGACUCGAAGAACGGCGUGCCCAUGCCGUUCUCUGGAAUCGCGGCUGGUGUAAACGGGGCCGGUUACGGGAUGCAAAAGGGACAACCGGAGAACGCGAGUCUACCGAAGAAGUUUCAGAACGAUAGUAUGUUCAACGCGUAUCAACCGUGGGUGAUCAAAACGUACGGUGAUUUGGCGAAGACUAAGACGAUCACGAUUAAAAAGUACGCGCGUAUAUUGCGAACAUUGAGAGGUGAGGAAGUGAACAGUGCGGAGAACAGUAAGUUUCGAUUCUGGGUGAAGAGCAAGGGGUUCCACAUCGGGCAGCCGGAAGGAUACGACGCGAAACCGGCGGACAGGAUUAUCGGACGUCACGCGGUGACGAGUCCCGGAUUGGAUCCACCGUUGUACGUGCCCACACAGUUGCCGCAUAACAAGACGUUAAACGGCGCCGAGGGUACCGUUCCACCCGGAAGAGUGUAUAAGAAAGUCGCGAUCGUGGAGAACUUCUUCGACAUUAUUCAUGCUGUCCAUGUUGACCUUGAGGGUCGUCCAGGGAAGCAUGCCGGUCAAAAGAGAACGUACAGAACGAUCACGGAAACGUACGCGUUCCUACCCCGCGAGGCCGUAACGCGAUUUCUCUUGGGGUGCACGGAAUGCCAACGGCGUCCACGUACCCCGAGCCCGACCAAUUUGUCCAAUCAAUCGCAGCAGCCGACUGGGACGCCUCUCGCGACGACCGCCCUCACGUCCACGACCACGACCACGACACCGUUGAGCCCGAACCCCGCCGCCAGCCUCGCCGCCUCCGCCUCGUCGGUGCAAAGUAGCAGCCCGAAGCAGCGCGAGGGGAACCACCACCACCACCACCACCACCAUCACCACGAGGGUGGUAAUGGCGGCGGCAAGCCUCUGUACAGUUACAGGCACCACCAAAAGCACCAGCAGAAGGGUGGCCCCUCGAGCGAGAAGAGCGAGAACAAGGAGAAGGAGGAGAAGUACAAUCCCCUGAGCAUCACGAAUCUGUUGAAGAAGGAGCCCGUGACGGGGGGCUUCCUGCCGACCGCGGACACCCUGCCCGACUCGAGGAGGACCCCCGAGUCGGACCGCGCCAGCUCCCGAAGUUCCGCUUCCUCGAAGAGGAAGAGGAUGCUGCCGGAGGGUCGGACACCCUCCCCCCAGCCCAGCCACCCGCUGCCGAGGCCUUGGAGCCCUGGCCUCGAUCCCAAGAACACGCCCAUCGACUACAGUCUUCCCAUCACUACCUCGUACCUGAAGCAUCAGCAGAGGCUGCUGUUGCAGCAGCAGCAGGCGGAGAAGAAGAAGGCGGCGGCGGCGGCCGCCGCCACCGCCUCCUCCUCCGCGACGAAGGAGGCCGAGAUCGAGCAGAAGGUAGUCGUGGUACCCUCGGACGAGAUGGAGAGGGACACGGUGGAGAGGGACAGAUACUCGCCUGCCACGGGGCUGAUCGACACGAAUCUCAAUCUGCUGGCCACCAUACAACACCUCCACUGCCAAGUGAUGCUCGCCCUCACGGAGAGGCUCAGACCUUCGAUCGCCAUGCCGAACCCCCUCGUUUUGCCCACCAUAAACAACGUCCUCUCCACGGGGAUGAUGAUCGGCUCGGAGGUAUCGGUCCAGACCGGCGAGAAUCACGCGACGUGAGUUACGACCGCCGCCCCUUCCCCAACCAAGUGUCUCGUCGCCGAUCGAGUAUGAGACUCUGUCCAUUCCGAAUGAUGUUAAUUCCAUUCUGAACGAGGAAGGGAAGGAAGGAACGUUGACGGAGAAGGAAAAGGAGCGUAUUUCGACCAGGUGGUUCUCGAGCAACGCGAUCGUCUGUUGAACCGGAUAAGAUGAAUUACUUGGUCAGGCGUCAAGUAAUUCGAAGUCGUGUUCCAAGUCGUCUCUCUCUCCCGAUAUAGAACGGGGAGGGGGGAAUUGUUGGCGAAGCCUGUCAAAAAUAUGGGUCGGUUGAGCGGGCAGGGAAGAAGAUCCCCCGAUAUUUUGAGAUUCCCUCCCGUUCCGGAGAUCCACCGAAAAUGGAACCUGGCUGCCUGGUUUUCGACGGGAGGCGGAGGGACGGCUGCUUGAAUAUUUGAACAAGUGGAAACGAGAUCGAUGACUGACGGGAGGGGGAGAGGAGGAGGUGGUCUCUCUCUCUUUCUCUCUGUCUCUCUCUCCCCCUCCCACUUUUCGCCUUUCGACAAACCCGGCUAUAAAUUCGGUGCAGGGAUCGGUCUGUGUCACGAUGUACGAUGCGAUGAGUGUUGUUUCUCUUUUUCUUUUUUUCCUCCUCUCGUAUACACGGGGAGGGUUUUUUUUUUUUUGCCCGCCACCGAUUUUUAUCGUAUUCGAAACGCACAAUUACGCUUAAACCGAUUUCUCGUUUAUUAUUAUUAUUAUUAAUACUACUACGUGUACCAAAGGCGUUGCGAGGGGAGCGGGGAGGGGAUGACGAUUUCCUCUUUUCUUUUUCUUCUUCAAGAAGGGAAGUAAAGAUUUUUGGUCUGAACGAAAUAAUUGUUGAUCGAUGUUUCAAGAUCGUAUUAUUAUUAUUAUUAUUAUUAUUAUCAUGAAAUCGAAGGAACGAGAUGCGAUUCCCGUUCGAGGGGGAAGAGAGAGAGAAAGAAACUCGUUAGAAAUUUUUUCCGUAUUUUCACCGUGAUUGUAGAUUAGCCUUGUGUAUGAUAUUAAACGAGGGGGGAGAGAGAGUGAGAGAGAGUGAGAAAGUAUAUAUAUAUAUAUAUAUAUAUAUAUACACACACAUAAGGAUAGUAGUUUUCUUCUGUGUAUUAUAAUUAGCUUGCUCGUUGUAGACGUCGCGCACGAUUGGCGUGAACGCGGCGUGUUUGUACUAGGAGUUUGAUAAUCGUUGUGAAAGUAGAAAACGGAACAGAAGUUCGAGUAAAGAGAUAGACAGAUAGAUAGAUAGAUCGAUAGAUAGAUGGAUAGAUAGAUAGAUAGAUAAAUAGAUAGGUAGAUAGUGAGAGAGA